AUGUUCUUGCGGACUUCUUCUGGCGUGCUUCGCCUGAGCUCCUGGCUUCGCAAUGAUCGUCUGCAUAUCCGCUUUCCCCUCCAAUGGAUUGCCUUGAUCCUCGCUGUGAUUGGGGGCCUCAUUGUAUUCUAUGUGUUUGCCGUCCCUCAACUUCUCAGAUUCCGGUUCCGUGCCGACUUAAGCUGGUAUGAUCUAGGAGCUCAAGGGUUUGGUCCAGACCGAAGUUUCAUCUCCUUCCAUCAAGAAUCCCCCAUUGUUGAAGUCACCCCGCCUGAUGCAAAAUGCGAUGACCGGUACACAUUCCUUGCGCCUCGGGGCGAUUCAAUUGCCCAUCCCGGUCCGAUGAUCCUAAAUCCCGCUGGGGAGCUUGUGUGGACAAAAUGGAACGGGGGGACGACACAAGACUUCAAAAUGCAGCGAUACAAGGGUGAAGACUACCUCACUUAUUGGCAAGGAGACACAGCUGACGGUUAUGGACGAGGGUCAUGGUACAUGCUCGAUUCAACCUAUACACAGAAGUACGUUGUGUCUCCAAUCGGCAUAUAUGAUGGCGAUCUCCAUGACUUCCAAAUCACUCCCAAUGAUACCGCAAUUUUGCUAAUUUACGACCCUAUCCCGAUGGAUUUGAGCUCUAUCGGCGGACCAGAGCUGGGAUGGAUGUAUGAUGGAAUGUUCCAGGAAAUCAAUUUCGAAACCGGAGAACUGCUAUUCCAAUGGCGCGUAUCCAAUUUUUACGACCCAGGUGAUAGUUAUUAUCCGAUUGGAGAUGCCGGUCAGGGACGCACCUCCGGGUAUGACCACUCGCAUAUCAACAGUGUGGACAAGGAUGAUCAGGGCCGGUACCUGGUUUCAAUGCGCCACCUCCAUACUGUUGCAUGUAUAGAUGGCACCACUGGUGAUGUCCUCUGGUCACUGGGAGGGAAACGGAACACCUUUGCCGAUGCUUCGGAUGGAGCUGCCACCGAGUUCUCAUGGCAGCAUGACGCUCGCUGGCAAGGACCCAACCGCCUCAGCUUAUUCGACAAUGCAGCCUACAAUAACGAGAACCUCUCCGCGGUGAGCCGUGGGAUGAUCGUUGAUCUGGAUACGGAAGAACAGCAAGCAACAUUACUGCAAUCCUUCCACCAUCCGCACGACAUAAUGGCCGUUUCGCAAGGGAACGUGCAAGUACUCGGCACAGGGAACGUUCUCGUGGGCUGGGGUCACUCUGCAGCCUUCACCGAGUUCUCCCCAGAGGGCGAUGUUGUAUGCGACGUGCACUUUGGAGCCUCUGCUUUCUUCACAUUUGGUCGUGUCGUCUCCUACCGAGUGUUCAAAUUUGACUGGGUUGGUAAUCCUCUGACAAUCCCCGACACUGCCGUGACACCAGAGAGUGUCUUUGUUAGUUGGAACGGUGCCACCGAGGUAGCGGAAUGGCGAGUUGAGGCAUGGGACGGUGAAGACCUCAGAAACAUGACCUUCACGGCUGUGGACCAGGUCCCUCGCGAAGGGUUUGAAACUGAAAUCCCACUCACCUCCAAUAUUGAUUCAUUAUUCCGCCUGCGUGCAAUCAAGUCCAACGGAGAGAGUCUCGGUGUAACGCAACUACUCCAACGACUACCAGCAUCAUCGUCGGAAGGCUCUUUCAUGCCAACCCAUGGGCCUUGGCGGCCAUUGUGCUUGUGGUGCUUGGUUGCCUUAUUUGCGGCGUGCGUUUUGCUAUUCACCGUCGACUUCGCCAAGGACUCGGCUCUAGUGGCCUCUAUCAAUUAG